AUGGCUGCUGAACUAGGUGGCGCUGCAGUUUCUGGCGUUGCAUCAAAAGCUGCAGAGUCAGCGUUUGAUUUCAUUGGACAGCAUAUAUCUUAUUUGUUCAAGUACGGGAGCUACAUCAAUGAUCUCAAGAAUCAAGUUGAGGAUCUGGGAAAUGCAAGAGAGAGGGUGGAACAUCAAGUUGAUGAAGCUAGAAGACGAGGGGAAGUGGUUGAAAAGGAUGUGGAACAAUGGCUGAAAAGAGUAAAUGACUUCACUGAAGGGGUUGUAAAACCCAUAAUUGGUGAUGAAGAUAAAGCAAAGAAGCGUUGUUUCAUCGGGUUGUGUCCUAAUUUGAUUCAGCGUUACAUGCUCGGCAAGAAGGCAGCGAAAGCGUUACCAGGUGGUGCCGAUCUGUCGGGGAAGGGGAACUUCAGUAGUGUUUCCUACCGUCCUGCAAUACAGAGGACAGAAUCCAUUUAUAUUACAGGCUAUGAGGCCUUUGAUUCUAGAAUGCCAGUUUUACAGGGAAUUAUGGAAGCUUUGAAGGAUGCUAAUGUUAACAAGGUUGGGGUGUAUGGGAUGCCUGGUGUGGGCAAAACUACACUGGUGAAAAAAGUAGCUUGGCAGGCCAAGGAAGAUGAGCUAUUUGAUGAGGUGGUCAUUACGACUGUAACACAGACACCAGACAUUAAAAAAAUCCAAGGAGAAAUUGCUGAUCAAUUAGGCCUAACAUUUCAUGAGGAGAGUGUAUCCGGAAGAUCUCAUCGACUACGUGAUAGGUUGAAAAGGGAGAAGAGUAUUCUAGUAAUAUUAGAUGAUAUAUGGGCCAAACUUGACUUGGAUGCUGUUGGAAUUCCUUAUGGAGACGUUCACAGGGGAAUUGGCCAAAGAAAAGAUGAUGAGAGGCAAUACAAGAUAUUGCUUACGUCUAGAGAUCAACAUGUAUUAUGCAAUCAUAUGAAUAUUCAAAAAAACUUCUUGGUUGAUCUUUUAUCAGAUGAAGAAGCAUGGUAUUUGUUUCUAAAGACUGCAGGUGAUUCUGUUGAAACCUCUGAUAUUCGACCUAUAGCAGUAGAGGUGGUCGGGAAAUGUGCACGUUUGCCGAUUGCUAUUGAAACAGUAGCAAAGGCUCUUAAAAGUAAGAGUCUUCCAGUUUGGGAGGAUGCCUUGCGUCAACUAAGAAGGUCUAAUCCUAGACAAAUUGAAGGAAUGGAUGAACGUGUGUGUUCUAUUAUAGAACUGAGCUACAAUUUUUUGAAAAGCGAGGAAAAAUCACUAUUUCUUCUUUGUGGUUUGUUGAAUGCAAGUCCUGGUAUAGUCAUUAGUGACUUAUUAAAAUAUAGUAUGGGUUUGCAUUUGUUUAGGGAUGUUUAUACCUUGGAAGAUGGAAGAAAUAGAUUGCUUACGUUGAUCCAUAAUCUCAAAGCUUCGUCUUUGUUGUUGGAUAGUAUCAUCAAUUAUUCCGUUAAAAUGCAUGACCUCAUUCAUGCUGUUGUUAUAUCAAUUGCAUCCUCAGAAGAGUUUAUGUUUAAUAUUAAAAACGUUGGUGAUUUGAAAGAAGUGCUAGAGGAAAAAAUACCGAAAACUUCAACUGCUAUAACUUUGCCCUAUGGAGAUAUUGGUGAUGAGCUUCCUCAGAGUUUGGAAUAUCCGAAACUCAAGUUCUUUUAUCUAUUAAGCCGAAAUCACUAUCUGCAAAUCCCAGAACUCUUAUUCCAAGGGAUGAAAGAACUUGAAGUUUUGGAUUUGACUGGAAUUCGUCUUUUGCCACUACCUUCCUCACUUUGCUGCCUAAAAAACCUUCAAACACUGUGUUUGGACAGCUGCGUACUAGACGAUAUAGCAAUAGUUGGUGAGCUUAAGAAGUUAGAAAUUCUUAGCCUGCUAUAUUCUGACAUAGAAAAGUUGCCUGAGGAAAUUGGACAAUUGACUCGAUUGAAGAUGUUAGAUUUGAGCGAGUGCUCAAACUUGAAAUUAAUUCCACCAAAUGUCAUUUCAAGCUUGUCUCGAUUAGAAGAGUUAUACAUGGGCAAUGGCUUCCGUCAUUGGGAGAUUGAAGGUCUAAUGAACAAUCACGAACGAAAGAAUGCUAGUAUUCUUGAGUUGAAGCAAUUGUCUCGCCUUACCACUCUUGAGAUACGUGUUCACAAUCUCGAGAUUAUACCUCAAGACUUCUUUUUUUUGGAGAAGUUGAAAAGAUAUAGAAUACUUAUAGGAGAUGUGUGGGAUUGGAGCUGGCAUGCUACUUAUGGUGAAACCUCGAGAAUGUUGAAAAUCAAGCUCAACAAUAGCAUUUCCUUGAUCCAUCGAGUUAAAAUUUUGUUGAAGAGAACUGAAGAACUCCAUUUAGAAUUGAAUGGUGUUAAAAAUGCUAUUGAUGAACUUGAUGAGGAUGGUUUUGCACAAUUAAAGCAUCUUCAUGUGCGAAAUGGUCAUGAGCUCUUGUAUAUUUUGAACUUUGCUCCUAGCAAAACUGUCUUCCCAAAGUUAGAGUCAUUGUUUCUUCAUAAUUUGAUUAAAUUAGAGAAGAUAUGUGGUGGCAAACUCUUUGCGGAGUCUUUUAGCAAACUAAGAAUUUUGAAAGUUGAAAAAUGUGAUAUGCUGGUGCAUCUCUUCUCGUUCUCUGAUAAUAAAAAGUUUUCACAGCUUCAAGAAAUUGAAGUCAUUGAUUGUAAAAAUCUAAAGGAGAUUUUUGGUGAAAACGAAAGGAAUAGUAAGUUUGAGUUCACUCAAUUGCAUUCCCUAGUACUACAAUGCCUACCACGAUUCAUAAGUUUUGGCGUGAAGGUUGUUUUCCCAAGGUUGGAGAACUUGAAACUAUCGUCAAUUAAUAUUGAGAACAUAUGGGUUGAUCAACCUCAACCAAUGUCUUCCUAUAUUCAAUGCUUAAAAAGCUUAACCGUGGAGGAGUGUAAUGGUUUAAAGUUUUUGUUUUCAUCCUCUAUAGUCAAAAGUCUCGUGCAACUCCAAAGGCUUGUGAUAUGCAACUGUAAGUUGAUGGAAGCAGUAAUUUUUGACUCACAAGGCUUAGAAGGAGAAGAUAAGAUAAUUGAUUUGAGUUUUCCAAAACUAUUCUACCUAAAGCUUGUGGGUCUUCCAAAACUCACAAGAUUUGGCAUUGGAAAUUCAAUUGAAUUCCCCACCUUGAAUGAACUUCACAUUCAGAAUUGCUCUAAUUUGAAGACAUUCUUCCACAACUCUUUUGGUGCAGACACGCUAAGAAAGGAACCUGAUGAAGUGAGCUUGGAAAAACAUAUUACUGAUAUAAAUCCCCUCUUCAACGAAAAGGUUGCUUUUACAAGCUUGGAAAAGAUGAUAUUCUUUCACUUGGAUAACUUGCAGUUGAUAUGGCACAACCAAUUCCAUAAAGAUUCUUUUUCCAAACUCAAAGAAGUGAGAGUCGAAUACUGUGAAAAUUUGUUGACUAUUUUUCCUUCUAAUUCUACUCAAGGAUUUCUUACCUUUCACAAUCUAGAAACAUUAAUUGUUGAGAACUGUUGGAAUAUGAAAAGUUUGUUUCCAGUUUCCAUAGCUACUGGUCUUUUGCAACUUAACGAGCUUUGGAUUUCCUUUUGUGGGUUGGAGGAAAUUGUUGCCAAGGAGGAAGUAGAGGGGACCCCUACAUUUUUGUUUCCUCAAUUAACCUUCCUCAAACUUGAAAAUUUAGCAGAACUGAGACAUUUCUACCUGGGUUUGCAUACAAUAGAGUGCCCAAUGCUAAAAAGGUUGGUGGUGCAUAAUUGUGGAAAGACAAAAGUAAAUGCUUCAAAUGGAGAGAGCCAACCUGCCCUGUUUUCGUUUGAAAAGGUUGGUUUUUCCAAUUUAGAACAUCUAGAGCUCUCUGAAUUCCCUACAUUAAAAGAAAGAUUUUGGAACGCCAAAGUUCCUGCCAGCUCAUUCUACAGUUUAAAGUUGUUGGUUUUGGACACGUGCUUGGACACAUCAACUGCUAUUCCAUUCAAUGUGUUGUGCAACUUAAAAAAUCUUGAAAAAUUGGAAAUAAGAAAUUGUGAUACACUGAAAGAAGUGUUUGAUAUGGAAGGACAAUUAAAUGUUGACAGACAUACAUUGAAGAAAAGUAAUCUAGAAGUUUUGGACUUCAACAACCUGAAAUCCUUUAAAGUUCACAAUUGUCGUAGCUUGAGACGUAUAUUUACUCCAUCUAUCAUUUUGGGUCUUGCUCAACUAGAAGAGAUAGAAGUAAAAAAUUGUGCUUUGAUAGAAGAAAGUAUCUUGAAAGAAGAAGAAAAGGAAGCAGACAUUGAGAAAAUUGUGGUACCCCAAUUGAACUCCAUUAUUCUUGAGUCAUUGCCUAACUUGACAAGCUUCUAUUCAGGAAUGAAUACUUUGGAAUGUCCUGCCUUGAAAGCUAUUACAGUAGCCAAGUGUCCACAGAUUGAGACAUUUGUUUUCACUAAUAUAAAGCACCAAUCUGACCAUAUUGUGCCCCUUCUUAGUGAAAAGGUUGUUUUUCCAAGCUUAGAGAAGAUGUUUCUCUCACGCCUGGAUAACUUACACUUGAUAUGGCACAACCAACUCCAUGCAGGUUCCUUUGGCAAACUAAAACAAGUGACAAUUGAAUUUUGUGAAAAAUUAAUGACUAUUGUUCCAGCUAAUAAUAGUCAAGGACUUCUUACCUUUCACAAUCUAGAAUCAUUACAUGUUGAGAAGUGUUGGAGUUUGAAAAGUCUAUUUCCAGUUUCCACAGCUACUGGUCUAGUGAAACUUAAAAAGUUGAGUAUAUAUUCUUGUGAGUUGGAGGAAAUUGUUGCUAAUGAAGAAGUAGAAGGGGCCCCUUCCCUUGAUUUGUCUGGAAAGGUCAUGCCCAAUUUGGAAUCAUUGUCUUUAAAUGUCGAUGCCUUUAGACUGCAAACUAAAAGACCAUUGGAGGGAUUCUGCAAACUAAAAGAACUUUGUUUGCGUGAAUUAAAUGAUGAAUCAAUUCCAUUUUUCUAUGGCUUCCUCAAAAGGUUAUACAGUUUGGAAAUCCUUACUCUACGUGAUAUUAGGUCCAAAGAGCUAUUCCUAUAUGAAAGAGAUGCAACAAAAGAAGAUUCUCAAGUGGAUCCAUUUCUUCCACAUCUUAGAGACCUGAGAAUAUAGACAUGUCAUGAUUUGACACAUUUAUGGACAUCCUCAGUAUCUUUCACAAAUCUUACAACUUUGGAUGUAUCUGAUUGUCAUGGAUUGGUAAACAUAUUUACAUGCUCAACUGUCAAAUCUCUUGUCCAACUCACAAAAAUGUCAAUAAGAAGAUGCAAGUUAUUGAAAGAAGUAAUAAUAGGUGAAUUUAAUGAGAUAGAAGAAGAGACCAUGUUUUGCCAAUUGAAAACUUUGGAGCUUUAUUCUUUAUCAAGCCUCACAUGCUUCUGCCCAACAAUAUGUGCCUUCAAAUUCCCAUGCUUGGAACAAGUAACUGUGAGCGGAUGUCCAAAAUUAGAGAUCUUUACUCAAGGAAGUUUAAGCACGCCAAAUUUAAACAAGGUGCAAAAAAUACAAAAUUGGUUUACUAGAGAAUAUGUUUGGAAGGAUGAUCUGAAUUCCACCAUCCAACAAAUGUUUACAGAGAUGUCACAAGAGGCCAGCUCAAGCGGCACUGGUGUUUCUAGCUAACGACGUCACAAGCCACGGAGCCACCGUCACCGGCGUCACUGAUUCUAGCACUCUCUGUGACAAGCGGCAGGAUGAUGAUAUACAAAUGAACAAGAUCCAAAUGGGAGUGGGAGGCAACGAGACAGCUAUGAUUGUGUUGGGGUUCCAGCAGGAAGGCUAUCCCCAGAGAGGGCUAACCAUUCUAGUGCUGCUCCAAGUCAGGAGGAUGCCUUCAACAAGCUUCAUGAUUUGGAGAGUUCACUUGCUUCAUUUCUUCAGUUGCUAACAACUUCAUCAAUAUCAUUAACUGUCUUCCAGGAGUAGUUUUGAUAUUGCUGAGGAUGAUGAGGGUACUACUAGUCCUAGUUGGAAGGUUACUGCUCAAUUAGAUACUGAGCAACAAUUUCUUACAAAGACUUACCAGGGGCCUUGGACCAAGAAACUGGAAGGAGUGAGGGUGAGAAUUCAGGGAAAACUAUCUCUUUACCACAUCAUGCCAUUUCUGAGGAUAAAAAGUUCUUGUGUGAUUCACUAAUACUCAUUAAUGCUUUUUCUCUUAAAAAAGUUACAUGUGAAGGGGACAGGUAAUCUUGAUUGUAAUUGUAGCUAUAUUUUCUCCCUUUUUUUUUUUUUU